AUGAGCAAGGGCAAGGAAUUCAUCGUCAGCUGGGACGACCUCGACGACGACGACCUCUUCGACGAAGACCCUAUCGAACCCAGUCAGGGGCAGUCUGCUCCAGCGAAGGAUGACGCGACUCCUACAGCAGCAGCUGUAGCCCCUGCGCGCAUCUUUCGGAAACCCGAGUCCGCCAAUUCGACUCCCACGAAUGAGCCCUACGUUAGCAAGCAGGACCUACGGAACGAGAACAAACAAUUGAGCACUAGUAGCAGCAACAUCAACACCCCUGGGCGAUUCCGCUCUGUCUCAGGAACGAGACUUGAGGGAUGCCAUCAGAACUAUGACACGUCAGAUGAAGGAUCUCGAAUCUCCAGGAAUUCGCGCAACAAAGUCGAUCAGAACACCUCAAUCUCGUCCAUUGGAAUCCGGUAUCACUUUGGUGGCGAUUCGUACCAGUUCGGACCCCAAGCCGUCAUCAUCCUCGGGCCGACCAUCCGCUUCGGACGUGAUUGCAGCACCACCAAAACGGGACAGUUAUCGACCGAGGAGUCGCUCCGGGAGUCGCUCAAGAGGCAAGGAGUCCAGGAGUCGCAAAAAGUCCAGGAGUCGGUCAAGGGGGCGGUCGUGGAGUCGGUCAAGAAGGCGGUCGUGGAGUCGAUCCAGAGGCAGAGCAAGAAGUCGGUCCAGGGAUCGAUCAUGGGACAGAGAAACGUCGUCGCGACAUAG